CAUGCCUUCAUCCUUUGGAUGCACCAUCACCACCUUCUCAUGGUCCACAAACUCCAUUGCAUUCUCUUUCUUUCCUUUAUCUUUCUCUACAAAAUGAAGCAGAGAGCUCUGUGAACUCUGCCAUUGAUACUACUCCCAUGACUUCUUCAAACCUUUGUCUUCUACUCUUCUUCCUCUUCUCAGCCACCUUCUCCCUCUCAUUUGAGCCUCUCAACACUGAAGUGGAGGCCUUGAUGUCCAUUAAGAGCUCUCUCAAUGACCCUCAUGGAGUUCUAAACAACUGGGAUGGAGACUCUGUGGAUCCUUGUAGCUGGGCUAUGAUCACUUGUUCCUCUGAAAACCUUGUCAUUUCUCUAGGAGCACCAAGUCAGAACUUAUCAGGAACACUCUCUUUCAUGAUUCAAAACCUCACAAAUCUCCAACAAAUUUUAUUGCAGAACAACAACAUCUCAGGAGAAAUCCCUUUAGAGCUUGGCAAGCUUUCUAAGCUUCAAACUCUAGACCUCUCCAACAAUGGCUUCUCUGGCAUCAUUCCUGAAUCCUUGGGCCAUCUCACAAACCUUAGAUAUCUGAGAUUGAACAACAAUAGUUUCAAUGGACCAUUCCCUGUUUCCUUAUCCAAGCUGCAACAGCUUUCAUUCCUGGAUUUAUCUUAUAAUAACAUAAGUGGACCAGUUCCUCCCCUGUUCUCUGCCAGAACAUUCAACAUUGUGGGGAAUCCAUUGAUAUGUGGGAGAAGCUCAGAAACAGAGUGUUGGAGAACAUCUGGGACUUCAUCAGUGCCAUCUCUGCCAUCUUUCUUGGAAUCAUCACACAGGAGAAGUGAAACAGAGAAAGUAUGUGUUAGUUUGGGAGUCAGUAUUGGUUCAACUUCUCUAUUGCUUGUGUUCGGUUUCUUUCUAUGGUGGUGGAGAAAAAAGCAGAAGCAUCACCUCAUUCUUGGCAUCACUGAGAGAGAAGACGAUGAGAGCGUGGCGGUGGCGGCGGCGCCGUUGGGGAAUCUCCGGCUGUUCGGCUUGCGAGAACUGCAAGCGGCCACGGAGAACUUCAGCGCGAAGAACAUCUUGGGCAAAGGAGGGUUCGGAGAUGUAUAUCGGGGCCGGCUCACCGAUGGGACGGUGGUGGCGGUGAAGCGGCUGAGGGACGCGGCUAUCGGCUCCGCCGGCGAAGCUCAGUUUCGGACGGAAGUUGAGAUGAUUAGCCUGGCUGUUCACCGGAACCUUCUCCGGCUCAUCGGCUUCUGCGCGACGCCGUCGGAGAGGAUCCUCGUCUAUCCCUUCAUGCCCAAUGGUAGCAUUGCUUCUCGUCUUCGCGGGAAACCAGCGUUGGAUUGGGGGAGGAGGAAACGCAUUGCGAUUGGGGCAGCGCGAGGGUUAGUAUACCUUCACGAGCAGUGUGAUCCGAAGAUCAUCCAUAGAGACGUGAAGGCGGCGAACGUGCUGCUCGACGAGCGUUGCGACGCCGUUGUCGGCGAUCUCGGCUUGGCUAAGCUUCUCGAUCAUGCCGAUUCGCACGUCACCACCGCCGUGCGUGGUACCGUCGGCCACAUCGCUCCUGAGUACCUCGCCACCGGCCAGUCUUCGGAUAAAACCGAUGUCUUUGCUUUCGGCAUCCUCCUCCUCGAGCUCCUCACCGGCCGCCGAGCUCUCGACGCCGCCGCCGCCGCUAAGGAGAAGGAUAAGCAGCGCCCCAAGGGCGGAGCCAUGCGGGAUUGGGUAGAGAAGUUGCAGCAAGAGAGAAAGCUAGAGCUUGUGGUGGACAAAGAUAUGAAAGACAAGUAUGACCGAAUAGAGGCAGCUGAGAUGGUGCAAGUGGCUCUCCUCUGCACACAGAGCCUCCCUGCUCACCGUCCCAAGAUGUCGGAAGUCCUACGAAUGCUCGAAGGAGACGGCUUUGUCGAUAAGUGGGAAGCCACUCAUCGUCCACCGCCGCCUCCCCGUCGUGCUUCCUCCUUCUCCUCCUCCGGUUAUCAUACUGAUUCCAAUCCAUUCCUUAUCUUGGAUGGGUGUACUUGUACUUGUGAUGAUUCUAGCAGUAGGGAUGUUGAUAGUCAUUCCUCUGCUGAUGGUGUUGAAGAGAUGGAGCUUUCUGGUCCUAGGUGAUUCAUUGAUCAUUAAAUGUGAUCAAAUCAAAUGAUAGUGUGUGAGAAUUAAUAGGAUAUAGAAAGUGAUAUAUCUGUUCAUUAACAUAGAUAGCAAAUGUAUAACUGAAACAAGUUUAAUCUCUCUCUGUCUUUCUUCA